CUCAUAGGUUUGGGAUAUGAGAACAAAAGCCAAUAUUCAUACUUUAUCAGGUCACACAAAUACUGUAGCAAGUGUACAGUGUCAAGCAGUUGAACCACAGGUAAUGACAGGCAGUCAUGACUGUACCAUCAGGUUAUGGGAUUUAGUUGCUGGAAAAUCUAGAGUUACAUUGACACAACAUAAAAAAAGUGUCAGAGCACUUUUGAUACAUCCUAGACUUUAUAUGUUUGCAUCUGGAGCACCAGAUAAUAUCAAACAAUGGAAAUGCCCUGAUGGUAAAUACAUUCAGAAUCUUCAAGGGCACACAGCUAUCGUAAACUGUUUAGGAAUAAAUGCUGACAAUGUCUUAGUAUCUGGAGGAGAUAAUGGAACGCUUUUCUUUUGGGAUUGGAGAACAGGUUAUAAUUUCCAAAGAUUACAAGCACCUGUUCAACCAGGUUCUAUUGACAGUGAAGCAGGAAUAUUUGCCUGUAUGUUUGAUCAAAGUGGUAGUAGAUUAUUGACAGCUGAAGCAGAUAAAACUGUCAAAAUAUUUAAAGAAGAUGAGACUGCAACGGAAGAAACUCAUCCCAUUAAUUGGAAACCAGAAAUAAUUAAAAGAAGACGCUUUUGAAACUCACUUCUUUGGAUAAAAAUAUAUGUUUAUUUUUACAUUUAUUUACUCUUUGUCAUCAAACAUUUCUGAUAUGUAAAUAUUUACAAUUCAUGUAUAUAUUCAUUACUGCAAUAUAUAAUGGUUAAUAAUUUGUGGAAAUAGUUCUCUUCUCAAAUUAAAGACAAUUUGAAUCUAACUCAUUAAAAAACCAAAAUAAAAAGAUAGUUCCAAUACUAUAAGUUUUUUUAGGUACUUAUCAAUGGAACAAAAUUGGCACUGUAUUCCGUUAA